CGCCCCCCAGCGUCCCUCCCGCCGGGACUCGGGGACCGCUCGGGCUGGGGUCGGGUCGCAGGCCGGCGGCGUCUCGGUCGUUGCCCGAGCCUGCCGCGGCUCCAGCCCUCUGAGGUGCCCUUGCCGGGAAGGCGGGGCGAUGCCGGGGAACCGGCAGCCGAGGGUCCGCUCCGGGAACGAGCCUGGUCCCGCGCCCAGUAUGGAGCCGGAGGGGCGCGGGGCCUGGGCCCACAGCCGCGCCGCGCUCGACCGGCUGGAGAAGCUGCUGCGCUGCUCGCGUUGCACUCAUAUUCUGAGGGAGCCUGUGUGUUUAGGGGGGUGUGAGCACAUCUUCUGUAGUAAUUGUGUAAGUGACUGCAUUGGAACCGGGUGUCCAGUGUGUUACACCCCAGCCUGGAUACAAGAUGUGAAGAUAAAUAGACAAUUGGACAGCAUGAUCCAGCUUUGUAGUAAGCUUCGGAAUUUGCUACAUGACGAUAAGCUUUCAGAUUUGGAAGAAGACCCAUCUAGGGGAAAUUUAUUUAAUGAUGCAGAAAAUAAGAAGAAUUCAAUAAAAAUGUGGUUCAGUCCUCGAAGUAAGAAGGUGCGAUACGUUGUGAGUAAAGUUUCAGUGCAAACCCAGCCUCAGGUGAUAAAUGAUGAGGGCGCUCGGCAGGCCUCCAUGUACGAAUUUGUUUCUGUAAGUCCCCCAACAGGUGUUUCUGAGAGGGCUAAAAAGGCUUCUACAAGAUCUAGAAAAAAACAAAAAAAGAAAACUUUAGCUGAAAUCAACCAAGAAUGGAACUUAGAGGCAGAGAGAGAAGAUGGUGAACUUGACUCCAAAGAGGAGUUGAAGGAGAAGCUGGUGUCUUUCUGCAGCCAGCCAUCCGUCAUCGCUAGUCCUCGGACAAAUGGUGAGAUAGACUUACUCGCCAGUGGCUCUGUUGCGGAAUCACAGGGUUGUGGCAGCUUCACUGAAGUCUCUUUACCGUUGGCUGAGCACAUAGACUCUCCAGAAGCGGAGGGCAGGAGUGAAGAUGUGACUCCCGAGAAGAAGCUCUGUGAGAAUCCUCGUGCGUCAGGUCCCAGUGGGCGACGCGGCCGUCGCAGCAGACCGUCCAGUCCCGUCCCUAAGCGAGGCAGGAGCAGCAUUCCUGGCACCAGCAGACAGCGCAUAGUGCUUGCAGACAACAAACCGUUGCCUGGCUGCUCCUUACCACCCUCGAGCAAACUCAAAGCUGGUGACACUCUGAGGAGGAAAAACAGUAAUGCAUCAGAUGAGUCCACGAGCCUCUCCCCAGGUACACCACCGUCCGCGCUGAACAGCCCGAGUUACAGACGGAUGAUGUCCAGCCCCUCAGCAGCGAAGCUGUCACCGACUAGCCUUCUGGCUGUGAAAAGAAAUCAUAGAGGAGAGACUCUGCUUCAUAUUGCUUCAAUUAAGGGCGACAUACCUUCUGUUGAGUACCUCUUACAAAAUGGAAGUGACCCAAAUGUUAAAGACCAUGCUGGAUGGACACCAUUGCAUGAAGCCUGCAAUCAUGGGCACCUGAAGGUAGUGGAGUUGUUGCUUCAGCAUAAGGCAUUGGUGAACACCACUGGCUAUCAGAAUGACUCACCGCUUCAUGAUGCUGCCAAGAAUGGACACUUGGAUAUAGUCAAGCUCUUACUUUCCUACGGAGCCUCCAGGAAUGCUGUUAACAUAUUUGGUUUGCGGCCUGUGGAUUAUGCAGACGGUGAAAAUAUGAAAUCACUAUUGUUGCUACCAGAGAAGAAUGACUCAUCAUCCACUCGCCAUUGCUCGGUAACGAACACUGGUCAGCGUAGGGAUGGACCUCUUGUGCUUAUAGGCAGUGGGCUUUCUUCAGAACAGCAAAAAAUGCUCAGUGAGCUUGCAGCAAUUCUUAAGGCUAAAAAAUGUGCUGAAUUUGACAAUACAGUGACUCAUGUCAUUGUUCCUGGGGAUACAGUUCAAAGUACCCUAAAAUGUAUGCUUGGGAUUCUCAAUGGAUGUUGGAUCUUAAAAUUUGAAUGGGUGAAAGCAUGUCUCCAGAGAAAAGCAUGUGAACGGGAGGAAAAAUAUGAGAUUCCUGAAGGACCACAGCGAAGCAGGCUCAACAAGGAGCAGCUGUUGCCAAAGCUGUUUGAUGGAUGCUACUUCUAUUUUGGGGGAACCUUCAAACACCAUCCAAAGGACAACCUUAUUAAGCUUGUCGCCGCAGCUGGGGGCCAGGUCCUCAGUAGAAAGCCCAAGCCAGACAGUGACGUGACUCAGACCAUCAAUACGGUUGCAUAUCACGCGAGACCGGACUCCGAUCAGCGCUUCUGCACACAGUAUAUCAUCUACGAAGAUUUGUCUAAUCAUCGCCCAGAGAGGGUUCGGCAGGGCAAAGUCUGGAUGGCUCCUUCCAGCUGGUUUAUCGAUUGUGUGAUGUCCUUUGAGCUGCUCCCUCUUGACAGCUGAAUAUUGCACCAGAUGAAUGUUUCAGAUUGAACUCACAUGGUGCGAGAACCCAGCCAUUGCACUGUUUUGAUCAUUCACGUUUUUAUAAAUAGGUAGACUCGUUCAUACAUACUUUUUCCUUGAAU